AUGAGCUCUGCCCUGUGGAGCCAGGAGAAGCCCAGCGCGGGCUUCAGGGAGGACUGGCGCUUCUACAUGGUGGUGACGGAGUGCGUGGUGGAGAAGCCUCCGCAGAAGACCCUGCGCAUCCCCCGUGGCAGCCUGGGGCAGGCCUGCCAGGAGCGCAACAACCUGGGCCGCACGCUACCCCCCAGCAAGGGCAAGAGGAGCCUGCGCAUCUUGGACCAGACCAACGUGGUGCUCAGCCUGGACGAGCGGGACGUCCUGGAGCUGGACGAGAAGCUGGCAGAGAUGCUGUUCCCCAUCACCAACUGCGAAGAGCGCUACGCCCUGCUGUGCAACAACCCGCGGCUGGAGCGCGCCCGCAUCAUCGACUGCGGCUCGAAGGUGCACGUUCUGCUGCGCUCCGGCGACGAGCCGCUGCCCGGGGUGGUGCGCUUCAAGGGCUCGCUGCUGCCCGACCGCGCCAUCUCGGGGGUCUGGUUCGGAGUGGAGCUGCUGGAGGAAGGGCGUGGCCAGGGCUUCACGGAGGGCUCCUACCAGGGCCGUCAGCUGUUCCGCUGUGAGGAUGAGUGCGGCGUGUUCGUGGCCCUGGACAAGCUGGAGCUGUGGGAGGACGAGGAGGAGGAGCACGGCGAGCUGGAGGUGGACCACGUCGCCCUGGUGGAGGAGGAGCAAGACUACCCGCCCCUGGACAUCAACUCCAGGGUCCUGGUGCAGACCAGAGAGGGGCCCGAGAGGGGCACCAUCAUCUUCUGCGACCUGUUGCCUGACAACGAAAGCCUGGGCUACUAUGUGGGCGUCGACAUGGACAAUCCCAUCGGGGACUGGGACGGCGUGUUUAAGGGGAAGCUGCUGUGUAACUUCGCCAGCCUGGAGCACACCCUCCUGGUGCCCAUCUGUGACGUGAUGCCAGAAUAUUCCAUGCAGGACCAAAGGCUGCAAAAGCACAGUUUUGCCCCCAAAGGCAGCAUCAGUGACAAGUCCUCCUCUGGCCAAAGCAGACCAAAGAGCAAAGGCUUAGGUCACCAGUGUGGCAGUAGAAGCAAGUCUGAGUUUUACUAUACUUUAAAUGGCAGCUCUGUUGACCCCCCUUGCCAGCCCAAAUCCAAAAGCACAUGGUACAUUGAUGAAGUCGGAGAGGACCCUGCUAAGUCUCUCACGGACACGCCCCCGGACUUCAGCCAGGCCUCGCCGCCCUCCAGGGUGCCGCCGCCCGGCUCGCUGUCCAGCGAUAACAAGUUCCACUCGCUGCCCUUCAGCCUGAACCGCAAGCCGGGGCCCAAUGGCAGCAUAAGCCAGGGGCCAAACUCCCUGUCGGUGGGGUCGGUGAUGGGCGAGCAGCCCGACCUGCCGCCGCAGUCCAUCGGGGCCCCGCCCUCCUCGCCGCGGCCUUCCACGCCGCCGCGCGGCCAGCCGGGCCUGGAGGUGGGCUCGCUGGUGGAGGUGAAGGAGAACCCCCCUCUGUGCGGGGUGAUCCGCUGGGUGGGGCUGCCCCCCGGGCUGCUGGAGCCCCUGGCUGGCCUGGAGCUGGAGGAAGAGUGCGUGGGGUGUACCGACGGGACCUUCAAGGGCACGCGAUACUUCACCUGCCCCCCCAAGAAGGCCCUGUUCGUCAAGCUCAAGUGCUGCCGGCCCGACUCCCGCUUCCCCUCGCUGCACCACUCCUCCAACCCUAUUGAGCGCUGCAACUCCAUCGCGUUCGGAGGGUACCUGAGCGAGGUGGUCCAUGAGAACACGCCCCCACGCACCGAGCACGACGGCCUGGACGUCAUGGUGGGCAAGAAGAAGGGCAUCCAGGGUCACUACAACUCCUGCUACCUGGACUCCACCCUCUUCUGUCUGUUCUCCUUCAGCUCGGUGCUGGAUACGGUGCUGCUGCGGCCGCGCUCCAAGGCGGACGUGGAGUACUACCGCGAGACCCAGGAGCUGCUGCGCACCGAGAUCGUCAACCCGCUGCGCAUUCAUGGGUACGUGUGUGCCACUAAGGUGAUGAAGCUGAGGAGGAUCCUGGAGAAGAUGGAGGCAGCGUCUGGGUUCACGUCGGAAGAGAAAGACCCGGAAGAGUUCCUCAACAUCCUCUUCCACCACAUUCUGAGGGUGGACCCCCUCCUCAAGCUGAGGUCGGCCGGCCAGAAGGUCCAGGACUGCUACUUCUACCAGAUCUUCAUGGACAAGAGGGACAAGGUGGGGGUCCCCACCAGCCAGCAGCUCCUGGAGUGGUCCUUCAUCAACAGCGACCUCAAGUUCGCCGAGGCCCCUUCCUGCCUUAUCAUCCAGAUGCCCCGCUUUGGAAAGGAAUUCAAAAUGUUCAACAAGAUCUUCCCUUCGCUGGAGCUGGACAUCACAGACCUACUGGAAGACACCCCAAGGGAGUGCCGUAUCUGCGGAGGUCUGGCCCUCCACGAAUGCCGCGAGUGUUACGAAGACGGAGACAUCACCGCCGGGAAGAUCAAACAGUUCUGUGACAAGUGCAAUACUCAGGUCCACCUGCACCCCAAGAGGAAGAGCCACCGCCACGGUAAGCUGUCCCUCCCCAAGGAGCUGCAGGAGGGCCUGGGGCGUCAGGGCAGCUUCCCCCGCCAGCGGAUGGAGCUGUUCGCCGUGCUGUGCAUCGAGACCAGCCACUACGUGGCCUUCGUCAAGUACGGCGCCGCCGACUCGGCCUGGCUCUUCUUCGACAGCAUGGCCGACCGCGACGGCGGUCAGAACGGCUUCAACAUCCCCCAGGUGUCGGCGUGCCCCGAGGUGGGGGCCUACCUGAAGAUGAGCCCCGAGGAGCUUCACGCGCUGGACCCCAAGAGCAUCCAGGGCCAGGCGCGCCGGCUGCUCUGCGACGCCUACAUGUGCAUGUACCAGAGCCCCACCAUGAGCCUGUACAAGUAGACCUCCACCUCCCCCCGCAGCCCCACCACCCCCCCGACCCCCCCGACCCCCUCCACCCUCGAGGACAAGAGCCCCGUCCAGAGACACGCGAGGAAGGCUGAAGGGAACCAGACCCCUUCGGUGUGGGGCUGGUAGGGGGGGUUUGGGUGUGGUUCAGAGGGUGGCCCUCUCUCUCUCUCCGUUCGCUCUCCUCUCCGCCGAAGCUCCCCUUCAUCCUCCCUCCCUCCGGUGUGUCAGGCAGAAGAGAGGGCCGCUCAGAGGAAGCAGCAGCAGAGAGGGCCUGGUGUGGGGCAGAGGGCCGCUCAGAGCUGGGGGAAGCAGCAGCAGCAGCAGAGAGAGGGCUGGGCAGGAGGGGGAAGCAGCCACUGGCUGGAGGUGGAGGAAGUGUCUGCCCGCUUCGUGCUGAGGCCAUACCAGCCUCCCUGUGCCUCACAUGCAGGCUGCCGCUGGGGGACAAAGAGCAAGGACUCUGCCGAUGGGGACCCCUCAGAGUCCCUCGGAAUAGGAAGGAGGUGUGCGUGUGUGUGUGCGCGUGUGUGUGCGUGCGUGCGUGUGUAUAAAUAUUAGUGUGUGUGUGGGAGGUGUUGUGGAGCUCAUCUCUGCUGACCAGACGCGUGGAAAAAAAACAAGACGUGAUGACCGGGGGCCACCUCAUUUACCUUGAGGAGAAGGGAGGUCCUGCCAUCCUUCAUCUCUGUUCGGAAGGGAGGGCUUUCCAUUAGGACUCCAAGAACAAAAACAACUCCACCAACCACCACCUUCACCCGGCCCGCGUGCGAGUGUGUGGGAACUCUCCCUGGUAGCAUCAAGUCUCUCACUGUGUAACAUGUUUGCCGUCGACAGUAUAAACGUGGACCCACUGUACAACCGCAUCGACCAUGUUCGACAACGACAUUCUUCCAUCGUGCCCAGUAGAUGUCCUUUAUAACAUGUUUCUUUUGCAGCUGAAAUUGUACAGAUGUAGCCAUUGUAUGAGUCCCACUUAAUUGCAUGAGUACCAAUCAAAUGCUGCAUUUCAGGAGGGGACGAACAGAAGACCAUUGGUUCAAUUUUACGCCAGUCAGCGGUUGUGAUUUGUCAAAGAUGAUAUUUCAGAGUUGUGUAUUUUAAUAUAUAUGGGUUUGGUUUUAUCGUACACCGUAGCUUUUAAACGCAAGAAAAGGGGUUAUUCUACAAUGGCUACGGCUGUAUAUGGGUGGAGGUCUCUGGCCGACCCCAGGUUACUGAGAUGAGGCAUCCGCGGAAAUAUAAACAAUUUCUAGUACUCAUGAAUUAACAGUGUGAUGUGAAGAAUCCUGAGUUAACUGAAUCUAAAUUGCGUUUCAAGUUUACAGAUCUAUAUCGCUAUAUCUCUCCAGUCGAUGUGAUAACGCCUACACACAGUGGGGAACCGUGGAAGUAUUUUGCUAUCGCUGCCUUUCAGACAAAAAAAAGACCUUCCCCCAUCCAUCCAUCCAUCCAUACCCCGUGCAACAGAUGACUUAUACGCGAUUGUGAUCGUUUAUUUAUUAUAUUAUAAUCAACUUAAUCUUAAACCUGUAUUUCCCGUUUUUGAAGAAUCGUGGCGAUACAGUGCUCCCUCGCUACACGUUUGAGUUGUGAGUUGUGGUGGACUCUGUACCAUGGAACUACUGAAUGUUAACCCGAGGACGCGCCACGGGGAACCGAGCGGGCGCAGGGCUGGACACCUUGGAGCCUGCAGGGUUAAAUAUAUGCAGUAUAUCUAUAUAUUUAAAACACUUCUAGACUCCAUUGUAUGAUGAUUUUGACCAGGUCGAGGAACCUGCUAGAUAAUACGAUAGUUAUGCUCAAUAUGCAUUACGAAAAAAAUACAUGCAUAACAAAGUAUUGAGACAAUGUUUCAUGUCAAAACAUUUUGAGGGGUGGGAUAUCGUUACAAUUGUCCAAUAAUCCAGCAGAAAUGCAUUCUAAAUCACAUUCCCUGGUUUGGAUUCCCAUCAAGGCACAAAUUUGUCGAGGCUUAUAAGGAAUGAGGUCUCGGAAAACUACAACUCCCAGAUGCUUGUUCUGCCCGGGCCCCCCCUCCCCAGCCGGGCGCCGCCCCCCCUCCCGAGCCGGGCGCCGCCCCCCCCUCUCCCCGACGGGACCCCCGCAGGGUGGAGAGGGGGGCGCGGUGUGCGUGAACUCGUUCAACACUGCUGAACUUAAAUGCUUGUCACUGACAUGGGGAACGCACAAGUCUCCCGACAGAAGGCGGCACUUUCCUUCUUUCAUCUACAGUGUAGACCGAUGUGUCGGGUGGAAAUUAAUUUCAGUGAUGUUCCUCUAAAUGUUAACUAAAAUAAAACCCGUUUUGAAAGGUACGCAA